AUGCCAAAUUACAAGCUCACUUAUUUUAAUAUGAGGGGGAGAGGAGAAAUUAUUCGCUACAUAUUUGCAUAUUUAAAUGUGAAGUACGAAGACCACAGAAUAGAACAAGUGGAUUGGCCUAAAAUUAAAUCAGAUCUUCCAUUUGGCAAAAUCCCCAUUUUGGAAGUUGAUGGACUCGCUCUUCACCAGAGCCUCGCCAUAGCAAGAUAUUUGACCAAAAACACAGAUUUGGCUGGAAAAACAGAGUUGGAACAGUGUCAAGUUGAUGGAAUUGUGGACACACUGGAUGAUUUCAUGUCUCGGUUUCCUUGGGCAGAGAAAAAGCAAGAAGUGAAAGACCAGGUGUUUAAUGAACUGCUCACACAUGAUGCACCUCAUCUUCUGCAAGAUUUGGAUACAUACUUAGGGGGAAAAGAGUGGUUUAUUGGUAGUUCUGUAACUUGGGCAGACUUUUACUGGGAAAUUUGCAGUACCACUCUCUUGGUCUUUAAACCAGACCUGCUGGACAGCCAUCCUACGCUGAUGAUGUUACAGAAGAGGGUUCAAGCCAUUCCGGCCAUCGCUAACUGGAUACAACGAAGGCCCCAGACCAAACUCUAA